CUGCAGAUUCCACGUUCUUUGCCUAUCAAGUCUUCUAUCGACAAAACUGUAUGCAUGUAUAAUCAAGAUGGUUCAUCACCACAAGCAAGCAGCAUUCGCGCUCACCAACGUCAGGACAGAAACAGUCAGUGGCGCAACAAACAAGCACACCACCUAAUGCGCAAGCGCAAAUGCCUCGCCAAGCACCAACACAAGCACACACGCAUCAGCACAUCAAACAGCAGCAUGCAUACUCAUAGGUACUCAUACUCAUACUCAUACAAUUGCGCAGACCUCAAGGAGGGGGUAUCAACAACACACACUUAACACAACACCAACACAGCCGCCAUCGCUCCACGACUCUCACUCUUUCCCCGUGCACGCCUCCAGAAAACCACCAUCACCACCACCAACAAGACCAAAAAAGAAAAACGGCAGAUUUUU